AUGAGUAGCCAGAACUCCCGAUCUUCCAAUCCGCGAGAUUCGAAUCGCAAAAGGUUUCAUGGGCUUAAAAUGGAAACGUUACCGUUUUCUGCAGAUUUGAAGAACAAUGAAACGUUUGAAACAGUACAGGACAUAGAGUCCGAAAAGAUGGCAGAUUACGAGACUGCGAGCACUCAUUCCAAAUUGGAACAUGAUGACGAUUUCAAGUUCAAAAGACACAGAUCGAAACAAGCAGGAACCGCGUCUUUGGGCGAACGAUUAGACAAUAUACAAGAACUACAAAAAGCGCGAUGGAUGGAUAAUUUCAAUUCUUCGGUCAAUUUUGAGCGUCAGACCUUAAACCAGAAUUACAGCCGUAAGGUGUCACCGUCUCAAAACCAGUCUCAGCAGCCACCUAUCAUUGCAGACGCUCCGCAGCCCAUGGCACCGCCUUACAUGCCGUACAUGUAUUAUUAUCCAAUGACGCAACUGAUGCCCAUGCCCACUUCACCCGUGCGACCGCCUGAGAAUUCGUCGCAACUUUAUAUCAACACGUCUACUCAACCAUUUAUGCCUCCAAUUCCGCACGGGAAUGGCCAACUAAUGCCUCCUCCACCGCUGUAUCCCAAUUAUCCUGCCUACAACUUUCAAAACAAUGUUGACCACAGGCGCCCGAAUAGAAGAGACCGGAAAAGGUCAUUUAUGGCACAGCGGGGCAGACGUUUAUCGAUGUUAUCGUUCCAAGACGACCACAGUCAUAUAAUAUCACCCCACAAAGACGUUCCAGAACGCGAUUUUUACAGGCACAUCGCCAACACCUCGUUUGGCCAUGAGCUCCAAGUCAGACAGCUUUUCAAUUGGUGUUUUAUUCGUAGUUUACGGAAAUGGGAGAAAUCAGAGUCCACCCAGCAGCGAGACGCGGGUCAAAGCGGUGAAACGUACACAGACCCGAAAAGAAUAGCAAUGGUUGUCAUUAAAGAAUUUGUCGAGGAUCUUCGACGGGGUAAAAUAGGUGUGGAUUGGGAAGCGGAAGAAUAUAACGUCGUUGAAGAAGAUGACGAAAAAGAUUCUUAUCGGGACGAGGACACCGAGCUUCGCGAGCUGUUUGACCACGAUGAGGACGAAAGCGUGGUGGUGCGCAUGCCCACGAAGAGGCGACGCAGAGAAUUGCCCAACAUUCCUAAUGAAAAGAACGUGGAAAACGCAAAGAAUUUAGUCAUAUUAGAGAAACAAAUCAACGAUUUACGCGAAGAGAUCAAAAUUUGGUCCGAAAUGACCAACGAGGACAACAGCAUUGCCAGGAAAUGGACCGAUUUCAAAACUGAUUUGGCUAGUAAGGCUCAAAGGGCUAACGACAGUGAUCCGUACUCAACAGUACUUAGCGAGCAACUUGGACAAUUAAAUGAAAAGCUGGAAACUAGGAUGGAUAAUUUCCAAAACAUGGCGCAUUUCUUGAAUUCCCAUAGCAAACUCAUAUCUCAAACCUCGCAAAAGAGAUUGGAAAAGCUGACGGCAUGUUUGCGUGAUGCGGGGCUCGGGGCUGGCCCGGAGAUCGGUCGUAGAAAAGAAGUACGAAAUCUUCUUCAAGGUUUGAGCAAAAUUCUCACCGAGCAGUGA